AUGGCCUCGGCUAGCUCGGAGGAAGCCAGGAGGCUUGUUGACGAAUCAUCUCGCAUCGUCGUGCUCACCGGGGCUGGGGUCAGCACGGACUCGGGAAUUCCAGAUUUUCGGGGACCUGAUGGGCUUUGGACAAAGAAUCCAGGUGCAGAGGAGGCGUCCGACAUCUCCGUCUUUGUAAGCGAUGAGGAUGCUCGAAAAGCGUUUUGGCGCAUGAUGGUCUCCAUGCGUUCCGAUGGUCGCGUGCCACAACCGAACGCUGACCACCGUGCGCUGCUGCAUCUUGAGGAGAGAAGAAAGCUGCAGAAGCUGGUUACACAGAACGUGGAUGGGCUUCACCAAGCAGCAGGAACGUCUGCAGAGCGCGUGGUGGAAGUGCAUGGCAGCAUGCAGGAGAGCUGCUGUCUUUCCUGCGGCGAACAGCGCCCCAUCGCUGAAGUUCUCAGUCAGGUCAUGUCUGGCGUCGAUGAUCCACGAUGUUCUUGCGGAGGGCUACUGAAGGCGAAUGUGGUACUGUUUGGAGAAGCACUUCCGCCUCUGGCUCUGGCAACGGCUUUUGAAGCUGCCCGCGACUGCGACCUUCUUAUGUGCAUCGGCAGCACCUUGUCGGUCUAUCCCGUUGCUGCCAUGGUUCCUGAAGCCAAAGAGUGCGGUGCCAAAUUGCUGAUCUUGAACCAGGGCCCAACGGAGUUCGACGAACUUGCCGACAUACGUCUUUCAGGCUCGAUCUCCAGCGUGCUUCCACAGAUCUGCGGUUGCGCGACGCUUAGCAUCGACACAGACCUUCAGAGAAACAACAGCAGCCCCUCGAGCAACAGCAGUGUGGCAAGCGGCAACAGCUCGAGCACACUUAGCUCUGCUGCCCCAAGUUCCAGCAAUACUUCCAGCCUGCAAGACGUGCUCAACAACGGCCUUGUGGAUGGCAAAAUCAGCACACUGUACUGGGCGGAGAUUGACAGGACCAUUGCAGCCGCAGGCCUCGUCACGCCGCAGCCACCGUCGCUGAACGAUCUUGGCCCGACUCCUACGCCGGACCCGUACACAUCCAUCUUGGGUGUCCAGAAGACUGCCUCAAGCGCGGAUGAUGCCACAGCCACACUGGCAAACUACGAGCUUGUCACGCCGCCACCGCCUAUCCCGCCUCACGCGCCGAGUGUGCCGAAGGUGAGCGUCUUGCCCUACCAGAUGACUCUGGGCGCAGAGGUUUUGCGUGGAAUGUCUGAGAAGGUCACGCCAGAGCCCUUGCCGGCGCAGGAGUUGGUGGAUGCAUCUUUUGCCGCACAGUGUCCGAUGGUCAUGCUUUCCAACGACGUCUUCGUCACGUCCAGUCCUCAUGGCUGUCAGAUCUCUCGCAGCCCCCUUGUGAUCACGGAGAUGGAUUUGGAACAUGGUCAGAUCCUGCCAACACCAGGAUUGCGCCCAGGCGCGAUACUCCAACAGGCUUUCCCUUUCACUUUCCUGGCCAUGGCAAACGAGUCUCCCAUCCGCUUCGCCUUCGCCUUUGGCAUGGCCUCCGGGCACAUUAACCCUUCCUUGCCGAUUGCAAGGGCUCUGGUCAAGCUGGGACACGAGGUGCACUACCUGUCCCGAGAGCAGAUGCGGGCGCCCAUCGAGGACACCGGGGCGCACUUCACCAACGAGCUGGAAGAGUGCCCGGAGCUCUACGAAGGCCGGAAGGAAGACCUCUUUGGUGCCACGGAAGCCCUGAAGCUGGAGCACGGCCUGGAGGAGGAUCCCAUGAUUCUCUCCUGGGUCAAGUUGGCCCCAAUCUCCCUGGAGCUGGGGCUGCCAGGGGUUCUGCGCUGGAUGCAGCGCCUGCAGCCGCAAGUCCUGGUCUUCUGUCCUAUGCUCAACAGGGAUGCCUUCUUCGCCGCCAAGAUUCUGGGCAUUCCCCGCGUCCCACUUCUGACCACGGCCGGCCCAGGCAGCAUGGUCUCCGUGAUGAACCAGUUCCUCUCCUGGUCAGGGCUGUCGAUGCCGGAGAUCGUCGAACGCGCUCGGAAGUUCCCCGCCUCGGUCGAGGCGAUGCGACGUCUUGCGGACAUGGGCGUCAACUACGAGGCAGAGUUGGAGCUGAGUGCCAAGAGCCCCGGUGCAAUCGGCUGCAUGGUGCACAGCCCAAUAACCAUCGUGACCACCUGUGAAGACAUGCAAGAUCCGGUGCCGCCCGAGCUGGAAGCAGUCUAUUCCUUGCAAGGCGCGAAAUUUGUCUAUGUCGGACCGCUCCUGGACCAGCAGGGUGCCCGGCGGGCCGCCGGCCACAAGUUCGCACAUUCCGCGCACUCCGACUCCAGCGCAACUGACAAGGCACGAGAUUCGCCGAAAGAUGCUUUGGAGGAGCUGCGUGAUGCCCGGGAUGCGGGCCGAUUGAUUGUGCUGGCCAGCAUGGGGACCGUGAUCACUGGAGACAGUCCCGACUUCGGCUGGGCUGUCAAGCCUGUGGAGUCUCAGCGACAGGGACUCACAGGCAAGCAGUUGUGCCAGGCGGCCUGGAGUGGCGUCUUCGAUGCUUUCGGUGCCAAAGAAGGAGACCUUCUAGAGAAGACCCCGUUGAUCUUGGUGUCAGUGGGUCCGCAGAAAGAUGCACUCGACAGCGUGAAGGUGCCUCCGAAUGCCAUCUGCAAGCCAGUCUUGCCACAGGUGGACCUUCUCAGAGCUGGCGUGGACGUCUUCUUGACGCAUGGGGGUCAGAACAGUUUCAUGGAGUCCCUUGCGGCGGGAGUCCCGGUCGUGGUAUGUCCCGGCUUCGCAGACCAGCCUGCCAACGCCCAGAAGGCUGCGGAGCUCCAAGUCGGGCUGCAGGUGACCCGGCCUGUCCCAGCCGAGGGCGAGGAGGAUGCUGCCACGGCUUCUUACACCACGUCCGUCGCGGAGGCCUUGCGCCGGGUACAGCAGGAGCCGGUCUUCCGCACAGCAGCCGCCGAGUGUGGCCGAAAGAUCACCGAGGCGGGGGGCGUGCAGAGGACCGUGGACAUCCUCCUCCAGACUGGAAGGGACGGAAGGGAGAGGCCGCUGCCGACCCUCCUCGCGAACACAGCCCCCACGAGCCACACCGUCAAGGAGUGCAGGGUGCAGGCCUGA